ACACCUUCGAAGAACUGGUUGCAAAAUACUUUAUCGUUGGUCUUCGAAGUAUCCAUCGCGUUGUCAUCUUCGUUGUUGCUAGUUAGUGUUAAACGUGAUCCUUAGUGAACCCAACGAGCACCGUCAACGGACAAGUGUAUCAAAACGGUCAGUGUUCGUCGGAGUGGAGAUUCGUUUAGAUUCCGCGAAGGACGUGGGACGUCGAGGAUGCGACGAAAGGUAGCCUAACGUCGUCGAAGACUGACGCGAAACGAACGUGGCUUUGACGAUGCUCGGUUCGGCCUGACGCAGCUUGUUGGAAGUUCAACGGAUCCAGCGAUCGGUUGAACCAUCCAUCGACGGGAACAGUGGGUCGAGGAGAGACCGGGAAAGUGGACAGAGGCGAGUGGACAGAGUGGAAACGAAAAAUAGUGUACGAACGGGUGGUGCGACGUUCGGGUACGCAAGUCGGCAGGCCGGCUCUGGGGUGCCGGGCCCGGGCGGGGUGAUGAGCUGUUCCGAGGUGAUGUAUCAAUAUUAUCCUUACCUCUAUCAGAGGCCACCGCCGCCGCCGCAUCCAACUCACCCUCAUGCGGCCCCGCACACCCAUCCCCACGCGAAUCCACAUGCUGCCCACCACAGCCCGGCCAGGCCUUUCCAAUCAUUCUCAGCGGCCACGGCGACGCAUCAGUACGACAGGUUGAACGUUCACCAAAGAUCGUUAGAGGCGGCUGGUCUUGAAAUUUGCGGUGCCAGCGGAAGUGUUCCGCAAGGGCAGCCCAGUAGUGCGGGUUCCGUCGGUUCAGCGCCGAGUCCAGCAUCACCGAGACCAACCCCUCAACCGCGGCCACCCCUUGCAACAACCACUUCUCAACCCUCGAGGACGUUGGACGACGACAGAUCGACGGACGCCGUAGGCACUGGCACCGCCGCGGAGGACUCGGACGAUGGCGAAAGCAGAGCGCAGUACGUGAACGCAAAUUGUGUGGUCUUCACUCAUUAUCGAGGGGACGCCGCGUCCGAAGUGGAGGAACACUUUCAGAGGGCGUUAGCUCACGACAAACUGAAAGAAAAUAUCUCUCCCAUGUCCAUGAGGAACUUCCCCGCAUCCUUCUGGAACAGCCAGCAUCCUGGCGAGGUCUACGAGUAUCCAACGGAUCCAUGGCAUCCACAUUAUCCACAGUAUCACCACAGGGCUGUGCACGAGUAUCACCACCAUAAUAUGGCGGCCGUGACGAGUUACGGCGGUCUGUUGUUGGGUGGUGCACGAGGACUCGGUCACCAUACGUCCCACCAUGCGGCGCACCACGCGCACGCCGCGGCCUCCUACAAGGACUGGACGUCAGCGACGCCGUCGCAGUCGCUCGUCGACGCUUCCUCCGCACCCCCUUACCCGCACGGCCCAUACGCGCCCCUCUCUGGUCUCGAGUCUCAAGUCCAGGAUUCGAAGGACCUCUACUGGUUCUAGAAGCGAGUUUCGGAGCCUCGUUGGCCGAACUGAUUCGCAGCAUCCGCGGUGAACACGAGCUCGAGAAACCGUACACGCGACAAGUCGUUGCUCUUCUCGCCAGGUCGCGAGUGACGAACGUGGAAGAGGUACGAUGAGCACCGUGGUACGAAGCGACAAAAUGGCGUACGCGAUGCUCGAAGGGGCACCGAGAGGAGAGGGACAAGAGUACUUAGACGACGUAACGUGAUAUUAGCGUGCUAGGGGAUCGGUUUGCUACGGGGUCGGAGCACACGGCGAGGAGGAACUUUGUUAUAUAACGGCCGGACUGAACGCGUCGCCCCAUCGCGAUCGUUCUCGCCGAGUCGAGCAAGUGUACAUAGUGUUACCUAAUUACUUUAAGGAUCUACUAUUAGCGUACAACUCAGAUAGUAUUAGAGGUAUACUUUGCGCGCACUAUUACCUUCAUGGUGACUGACGUCCGACCGGCCGCUGAAAGAGAAACGAGAGAGAGCCUCUAGUUCGUAUAGAGUGUUAGGGGGUGUUAGGCCACUCGAAGGUGCGCCUAAAUUUUCCAAAUAAUUACGAGAACGCGGACGUAGAGUCGAUCGAUCCGGUCCUCGCGUGCCAGAACGAUACGUCCACUCCGGCGACCGCGUAACAACAGAGCCCGGGUAUAUAGAAACAAAGAUGGCGGUCCAUGUUCCUUGAAUGAUAUUACCGACCGUGCAGAGUGUAUUUUCUUUUAUCGCAAGGAUUUAUUAAUUAAACGUACCGUGAUAUAGCUAACUUAUUGAAGGACGGAGGAACCGAUCGAGGGACUUGAUUAUUUGGCGAAUUUAG